CCCGGCGCCCCGCCGCGGCCCCGCGGCGCCAGCAGGACCCGCGCCGGCGCGCACGGCGCCGCUCCGCGCCGCGGCGUCCGCCCCGCGCCGCGGCGUCCGCCCCGCGCCACCGCGGUCGGCCGCCGCGGCUGGGCGUCGCCCCGCGGCGUGGCGGUCGCCCCGCGGCGUGGCGUCGCCCCGUGGCGCGCCCGGUCGCCCCGCGGCCUGGCGUCCCCGCGGCUCCUGUCCCCGCGCAUCGAGUCUCCCCUCACCGUGUACCAGGCGGCGGGGCAGACCCCCCUGCCCCAGUUCGAGGGCCGGGUGGGAGCCGCCUCGGGCGCGCAGGCCGAGAAGGCUCCUGCGGCGGUCUUUCUGGACAUCGCAGGCGCCGGCCCGCGGCCGCUGGGCGGCGGCCAGGCGCGGCAGCUGGACCGCACCGCCCCCGCGGCGGUCGCGGCGGAGGAGGGCCUCGGCGCCACGGCGGCACGACUGGCCGACCAGGUGUGGGCCGCGCUCGAGGACCGGCGUCAAUAUAGCCACGCCAACGCGAUCGUGAACAAGUCUUUUUGCAACUCUGUAGUUCAGGUUGCGGCCGCACGGGAUCCACCUACCUGGUUGGUGUUUGGCUCGAUGCAGUCUGCCAGGGCCUUGCACGCCGUCGCGACUUUCACACUGCGAAUGCUUGGGUUCGUGGUGCUGAAGAUGCAUUGUAAGGUUGUCGGAUAUGUCGCGUCGGCGGCGGCCGUGUUCAGCGUCCUACGAUGGGAUAAGCAGCGCGACUGCGUGACGCGAUAUCGGAUGCCGGUCGACCCGUCCGCAAUCGCCUGUGCCUUCUCCAUAGGCUCAUUCUGCCUGCUGGCCCGCUCCGCGCCGCCGGCGCCCAUCUGCGGCUGCCAGUGCGACUGCGGGUCUCCUGGCUGGUCCACCGCCCAGCUGCUCGCCGUCGCGGCGGGGCAGCUCGUGACGGGCUGGUUCGCGGCCCGCUGGUGGGCGCCACCGAGGCCGGCGUCGCCGGUCGUGGUGGCCGCAGGGCUGGAAGGGAUCAAGCAGCUGACGCUGCCGGCUGGAGCUCGCGGCAGGCGCUUCUGGGCCCUGUUCGACGCGUCGGAGGGGGUCCGGCACGAGCGCCUGGUGCUGCGGCGCACCGUCGGAGGUCACGUGGUGCUCACGCCCGACGGCGACGUCUACGAGGAGCUGCUGGAGGACUACGAGGCUGCUCUGCCUAGUGGUGUGGCUGGCGGCAUCCCGAGCCGGCUCUACGGGCCGAAGAUCUUCCGCUACGCCUUCCGCCCGGGGGACAUCGCUCACGCCAGCGCCUUCCGGCGGAGAGCCGAGGCCUACCUGGCUGGCUGGGCUGGCGCGCCUCCGGCGGCCGAGGGAGGAGGGCGGGUGCCCGCGCCCCUUGCUGACGCUGGCGCGAUGUCUGCCCCCGCGCCUGGCUCGCUGGUGCCAGCCGCCGACGUCGACCCGGGCUUCUAUGACCCCGGCGCGCUGGUGGCUCACGCCUGCCUCGUGGGCUCCGAGUGGUUUGUCGGCGAGAACCAGGGUCCCCGCCGACGCGGGGAGAGCAUCACCAUCCGCCCUUCGGACCUCGCAUUCGGCGUCUCUGGCCAGGCCCUGCUGUGCCGGGAGGGAGUCUGGUACCGCCUCUGCCGCGACCCGCCGACGCCGUUGCCAGCUGGCGAGGGCGAGGCGGCCGCGGCGGAGGACCUUCGCACCCUGGCUGUCGAGUACAACGUGCGCGGCGAGCGCACGCGCAGCUUCGAGUCAGCUCGUCACAUGCUGCGCGAGGAGGUCCUGGACGACGCCUGGCCUGUGGAGGGCCCGCGCACGGUGCAGUGGCUCAUCGAGGCCUUUGCCCACAGCGGCAUGGCCCCCGUGCCUCGCCAUCACUGGUGGAGGCAGGCGCCUGGGGCGACCACGUCGGACCCGGGGAUCGACGAGCACCUCUUCCUCUCGGAGUGCAUCCAGCAUGGGCUGCAGUAUGACCAGCUCAACAUCUGCAACUUGGCCUGCUUCGAGAGCAUGGCCCGCCGCUACCAGCUCUGGGAGGAGCGGUACCAGGAGCGGAUCCGCGCCUCCACGGAGGGCUCGGUGGCGGCGGGCCUCGCGGCCGAGAGGCACUUGUUCCUCGGCGGCGACCGCGCCAAGGGCUACGCCCUCAUCUCGCCCGAGCUGGAGCGCUGGGUGGCGAAGCGCAUGGAGGAGCAGGCCGCCGUGCUCAAGGAGCGCCGCAAGGGCCGUGAGGAACGGGCUCUGGCGGCGGCGGCCACAGGCGGCGGCGGCGGCGGCGGCGGAGCUGGCCAGCCGCUCGGCGCCGACCACAAGAAGAAGCUCAAGGACAACAAGAAGGGCAAGGACUGGCAGACUGGCACCCCGGGCGCUGGCUCGGGGGGGCAGGGCUGUCUUGCGGCAGAUCCCAGGGACCUGCUGCCGCUGCCAGCGCCCACCUCGCCUGUGCUGCGUCAAGGGGAUGCGCUGGGCUUGGAGUGGUUCUCGGCUGGUCUGCAGACCCUCAAUGAGAUGGGAGGGCGCGGUGCUGUUCGACGGACUGGAGCAGCCUCUGGUCCUCAGACUGACGCGCUGGAGCGGCUUCGCAGCUCCUACGCCACCGUGCCCAGCUGCCCGUCGGACCUGACCGCCGACUCGGCCACGCGCGCCGUGAUCGGCUCCGAUCCUGGCUAUGGCUUCGAUGACAUGGCCAGCGGGAAGUACGCCUCCUACCAGCGCGGGAAGGUCUCUCUUCCGCGCGUGGCCUCUGGCGCGGUGGAGCUAGCUGCUGCACUGCCGGCGGGUCCACGUUCUCUGCUGAUGGGUGAGUCUGGCACUUUGCUGAUGAGAGGCUCCACAUCUUCUUCUUCGUUGGCGAAAUUGGCUUUUGACCGAAGGCUGGCAAGCAAUCCUCGCACUUAUGGGAAGUUUUUGGCUGACCUCCUCGAGCGUGACAUGCUCGAGGUGGGCACUUCGUUUUCACGGGUGGCGCCCUUCUUCGUCUACAAGAAGGAUGGGGCCCUCAGGCUGAUCUUCGACACAAGGGCCUCCAACACAGAGUUCGCGGAGCCCGACUACGUCCCCUUGGCUGCGGCGCAGGCCCUCGGCAGCAUCGAGCUGCAGGCGGGGGGGCGCCUCUUCGUCGCGCAGGGCGACGUCACGUGCUGCUUCUACCAGUUCUUGCUGCCAGUGCACCUGCGUGAGGCCUUUGGCCUACCGCCUGUGCCCUGGGCCGCACUGCCGCUUGCCGCUCGUCGGCUCGUUGGGGCGCCACCGCCGGACGGCUUGGUGCGCCUGCGCCUGAGAGUGGUGCCGAUGGGCUGGUCAUGGGCGGUCUACUUCAUACAGCAUGCCAUGAUGGAGAUCCUUCGACCCUGUGCCCCGGCGGACCGCUGGCUGGCCCAGUACGUGCCUCGCGAGCCCGUCUGCCCUGGCUCGGGGGCCUCGCUCAUCUACAUCGACAACUUCGCGGCCCUUGGCACGAGCCCCACGGAGGCGAACGCUCGCCUGGAGCAUAUGCUGGGCGCCGUGGCGGCCGCGGGAGUGGACGCCGCGCCAGAGCCUGCUGGCGCCCCGCUGCUCGGGUUCGAGCUGGACCCGACGGGCACGCAGUGGCGGCCUACGGCGAGGAAGUUUUGGAAGGUCGCGCUGGCCCUCCGCACGCUGGGCUGGGGCCGUCAGCGCCGCACAGGGCGCCAGAUUGCCCGGGCCGUCGGCCACGCCUCGGCCAUCAUGCUGCUGCGGCCAGAGAUGCUGUCCAUCUUUUCGGCCGUGUACGUCUUCGCCGACCGCUACUUCGGGCAGCCGGCGCGCGUGUGGGCUUCAGUUCGGCGCGAGCUUCGAGCUGCCUGGGCGCUGCUGCCGCUCGCCGUCGCCGACAUGAGCCUACCCUGGUCUCCCGCCGUCGCCUCGGUGGACGCCUCGCUGCAUGGCUUUGGCGUCACCGAGAAGGCCUGGCCCCCCGCUGAGGUGGGUCGCGUCGGCCGCGCCUCAGAGCGGGGACGGUGCCGUGGGGCGCUGCGCACCUCCCGCCGCCCGCGCUGCCUGGUCGAGGGUGAGGAGGCUGAGCCCUCGCUGAGCGACAUUGUCGACGCCUCGCCCGAGCAGCUGCGUGCGCUGGGGCUGCGCUCCGCCUUCGAGGAGGUGCCGUCGGCCCUGGCGCGCGGGGACGACUGGGGCGUGGUGGCUGCCCGCCGCUGGAGGCGCAAGGACAAGAUCCUCGCGCUCGAGGCGGAGGCAGCCUUGCGGCAGGUUCGGCGGCUGGCCCGCAGCCGCCUGAGCGCCCAGAAGCGGCACUUAGUUUUGUCGGACUCUAUGGCCUGGGUCCUCACCUCGUGCAAGGGGCGGAGCUCUUCGUGGUACCUGCUGCGGAGGUGCCGCGAGUUUUGUGCCAUGUGCUUGGCCCUUGGAGCACGUGUUUCUUUUCGGUGGAUUCCUUCAGAGUGGAACUCGGCGGACGAGCCCAGCAGGCGCGGCUUCACGGGCCAGCGGGCGCUGCUGGGCUUCGCGAGCAGCUCGCGGCGGGGCGCUCCAAGCGGCGGGCCUUUGCGGGGCCCUUCGCCGCGGGGCUCCCUGGGCCCGAGCCCGCUGCUCUGCAGGGUGCUGGUGCCAGCGGCGAACCUGAGUCCGAGCCGGGCCCCGCCUGCCCCGAGUCGGGUGCUGCGCCCUCUGGUGGCGCCGGAGACGGGGGGCGGCGUGGCUCUCGGGAGGCCGCGGCCGGAGGGCAUUGCUCUGCCUCGCCGCCACGCCUCCCCUGCCAGCCCGCCCCCUCUGCAGCCUGCGCCGGCCUCGGGCCGGCUGCCCUGCCGCGCGCUGGCUGCUGCUGGCCCCCUGGGCUUGGCCCGCCAACCUGCGCCGGGUCGCCUGGUCCCCUAUCGCGGGGAGUCUGGCUCGGCGCGCCGGCUGCGCCGCGAGACGGCGCGGCGGCGCCCGGGCUCAUCGCUGCACUCGGCCGCCCGCAGUGCGGAGGAGGCGGAGGAGCUGGGGUUCCACAUCAGCUCCCUGGCUGCCGCGGCCGUGACGACGGCAACGCAGAGCAACUACCUGAACGCCCUGCGCAAGCUGCUGGCGUGGCUGCACGUGCCCAGAGCCCCUCAGCGCCUCCCUGCAAGCGAGUGGGACCUGUUGCUGGAGCAGUACGUGGAGUUCCUGCACGACCGCGGGCUGCCCGAGGGGGAUGCCUCCAGCACGCUGGCCGCAGUGCGCUGGGCGCUGCCCGAGCUGCCGCGUCCGCUGCGCCGGGGCUUGCCGCUGGCGACUGCUGCGGUCACUGGAUGGCGCCGGCUCGAGAAGCCGCUGUCGCGCCCACCAGUCCCUCGGUCGCUGGCUGUGCUGAUGGCCCUGCGACUCUGCUCCGACGGCAAGGCGGACUACGCUCUGUUCCUGCUGUUGACGUUCGAGACGUACAUGCGGCCGAGCGAGGCGCUCAGCCUCGUCGGCCUACAGCUGGUGCCGCCCGUGCCGAACGAGAGGGGGGCCUGCCAGUUCUGGACCAUCCUGAUCCGCGCGAGCGAGCUAGACGUGCUUGGCAAGACCGGCGAGUUCGACACCAGCGUCGCCCUGGACCUGCCGCGCCACCGCCUGCUGGAGUCGGCGCUGCGCCUUCUGAAGGCCAACAGGGGGGAGCGGGAGCGGCUCUUCUUGUUCCACUACACCGACUUCCUCCUGGCCUGGAACAGCUGCCUCCUCGGCUUGGGCCUGGCGCAGCUGAAGGUGACGCCGUGCUCCCUUCGUCACGGGGGGGCCUCGGAGCUCGACGUUCAGAAGAGGGGCGGCUGGCGCUCGUUCCAGAGCGUGCGGCGCUACGAGAAGCAUGCCAGGCUGGCCUCGAUGAUGCACCGCAUCCCUGCGCAGCUCCGCGAGGAGGCGCAGCGCCGCGAGCAUGCUACCAUGCUGAAGCACAGCGUCUUCGUUGACCUCUUUGCUGGCACUGCGCCGGUGAGCAAAUACCUUCGCCGCAAGGGCUACGCCUGCAUAGCCUUCGACAAGCUGCAAGGGCCGCAGUUCGACCUCAGCCGGCGCGAGGUGGUGCUCACCAUCGCCGGCUGGCUUCGUGCGGGCUUGGUGUGGGCCCUCUGGUUUGCGACUCCGUGUAUCACCACAUCUCGUGCCCGCGCGGACAGAUCAGGUCGCAUGCCUCCGCCGCUGAGAUCGUCUGAGCACUACCGUGGCUUGCCUGACCUGUCUGCUAGCCACCGCGCACAGGUGCGCGAGGCCAAUAGUCUCAUUGACUCUGGAGGCCGCCUCCAGCAGCUCGCCUGGGACUUGGGCAUCUGCUGCGGCGAAGAGAACCCACAGACCUCCAUCCUCUGGCUGACGUGGCCUGCCUUCCGCCCCGCGGCGCAGUCUUUCGACGAUGCGCCCCCGGGCACGGGCGAUGGCGAGGACAGCAAGCGGUGGAAGCAGGUGGGGCAGCUUGUCGGCGUGAUUCACCACGUCAAAGCCAAGCCCCGCGCUCGCCAGGAUUGCCUCUGGGAGGACGAUCUGUGCGGCGAGGCGAUGCAGGAGCUGACCAACCUCAGGCUGGACUUCUGGAAGCCCAUGCCAGAGGGGUUCCCGCAGGACACCUCCGAGCCGGCCCUGGCGGGGGCCUGGGGCGGCACCGCCGGCUCGUGGCAGGUCUUCGGAGAGCUGCCCGCACCGACGUCGCUGGGGCGGCGGCUGGAGAGGCCAUUUAACCAGCGUUGCCUGCAGCUGCGCCCCGCGGCCGGCGGGCGGGGGGCGAGGCUGCUGCAGCGGUGCGGCAUCGCUGCCGUUACCAUGAAGGGCCACAAGGAGCCGGGCGACCUGAGCCUGGGCCAGGACAAUCUCAGCGUGACCCGCCUCGUGAGCGGCUGGGAGACCUGGGGCGACACAGACCCCACGGCGGCCGAGCCGAAGUGCGCCACCUUCGAGGAGGCAAGCGCUGCCGCCCAAGCGUGCACCAAGUGCCUCCCCUGCAAGGACGGUUCCAAAGGGUGCCGCGCCUGA